UUUAAUGAAGAUGCAUAAAGCAUCUUGUGGGGCACAAUAAAUGUCCCAUUUUUUAAGUCACUGGCGUGGCACUCAAAGAGUUCCUCGGCAACCUUGAAUAUAAUUUUAAGGGUCUUUCCUUCCUUCUUGCCCAUAUUGUUACGUCAUAUGUGAUGCCACCUACCCUCAGCCCCUCUUUCUGUGUUUAUAAACCCCUUCGCAACUACGCCCCUACUUCAAUUUCUCCAUCCGCCGAUUUGGGCUGCGAGAAGGCUAUGGCGGUCAAGGGCUGGUGUUGAGAGCGAGGCUGAAGUAAUAGGGCGGCCGGCCGUGAUGAUUUUUGGUGUUCAAAUCCAAUAAGACAUCGGAGUACGAGAAGAUAGACAGAGAGAAUGGCAGAGAAUUGAGUGAAAACAAUGAUAAAGGUCGUUUUACACGCAAGCUAGGCCCAACAAAUGACUAACACAUCUUCCUUAAACGCAUAUGGAUGUUCAGAAAGGCUCGCAUACAAACUCUUGUUAGGAAAGUGCAAAAAUACAUGAAGGCUGCUCACAGCAAGGCGCAGGCUGGAUUCAACCAAGAAGAACCUGAGGAUUGGUCGAAGUAUAUAAACGCUUUUACGCAGUUUAUUAUAAAAAACUUAGAUGAAAACCAGCUUAAAGUGUUGCUGAAAAGUCUUGAAAACAAAGGUGGGAUUCACACGGACUGCCUCAUCCUUCCAAGAGAGAACGACAUUGUAAAUAGGAUCGGCCUAUCAAGCGUCCAUGUCCUGUUCUGCAAAGUUCUCCGUUGGCCAGAUCUCAUCUCGAUUUCAGAACUGAAAGCAUUUAUAAACUGUCAAAAUUACAAUGUAUCCACCCGAUGUGGCAAUCCAUUUCACUACAGCAGAAUUACCAAGCAAGGUAUCCAAAAAAGUCUGGAAGAGAACUCCAGGGAUCAGGCCAUGGAAAAGCAGCCACAGAAAGAAAUUAGCGCCCGGUUUUCAGAUGACGGAUUCAGUGAACAGGAGGAAGGAGAGCAGGAGAAUGAAGACGACCGCAAGGCAAAUGCUGGCUGCUCAGAUUCACAAUUUUCUUCCGGUUUUCAAACCCGACAAAACAGUGACGUCACGACAGCUUCAACAUACGAGCCAUGGUGCAGCAUUGCAUACUGGGAAGUCAAACGACGGAUCGGUCGAGUAUUUGACGUCACAACAGAUUGCGUCAAUGUAUUCUAUGAACUGCCACAGGGGGACGGGAUGUGCAUUGGGCUUCUUGAUCACGUGGAACGGUCUGCCUACGUCAACAAAGUUCGAAAGCAUAUUGGAUACGGUUUUCAGCUAACCCAGGAGCAUGACGGGAUUUGGAUCUAUAACAGAAGUGACUAUUGUAUAUUUGUCAGUGCGCCGGCAUUUGACUCUGAGACUGGUAUUCAGCCAAUAGUAGUGAAACCAGAGGUGAUCCGUGUGCCACCCGGUUACUGUGUUCAUGCAGUUGACUUCCGGCGGCCCGUUCAUCUGCUUAGACGCAAUAGGAAAUUCGACCAUAGCGUUGAUGUAUUUUGUAUCAGAGUCAGUUUCGCUAAAGGAUGGGGAGAUAACUACACGCGACAGUACAUCACAGCCUGUCCUUGCUGGACCGAAAUCUAUCUGAGGGAGCCAUUUCUUGCCGUCAUGGGUUUGAUUUGAAGCCUAUUUUGCAGUCAAUGGCUUCAUCGAUCGCCAUGUUUCGCUGAAAAUGGUGACCCUGUUUUGCUAACAAGGAUUUCGUGGCUACCCUGCCCAGCAGACAACAGCUUCAAUAAAGCCAUUGAUGUCUUCAAAUGAGAUUUAAAGAAAUAUUCAGGAUGCCCAAAACCAUACGAUUGCGACACAAAUAGAAGCUUUGGCUCAGAGAGAAAGAGAGAGCGAUCUUAUAGCGCAGACGUUGUUAUAGAGGAAUGGAAACGAGUGACGUCAUUUUAGUUUCAUUGUCGCUAUUCGAGAGUCCAUAGUGUUACCUGUUGCAAGAGGAACGUUAAUAAUUAAAAGUGUGACGCGAUAUUCAGCGGAGAUGGCAGCCGAAGACAGAACUGUCACAGGUUAUCAGAAUAAAUCGCUCAUGUAGUUUUGUGUAAAUUUAUCAUUUCCGGUUUGCAUUCAGACAUAAUUAAAUAAAGCUUCAUGGAAUACAAUGCGGAAGUUAAUUUAUGUUCUUAGAAUUCACAUAUACUCCUAUGGCGAUGAUAAAUGGUUCAACCUUAUCCCAAUGUGUCCCAAAGGUUACCCAAUCAUUUUUAUCAACAUUUUAGAAUUUGACAAUGCUCAAACUUGAACGUGUUUACACUCUAGUAAAUGGAAGUGAACGCUCUGCUGCAGAUUCGCCUUAGGAAAAAGCAGAUUGACCCUGUGACCAUAAACUGUCCCAAAAAGCUUGUGUUGUAUUGCGGAUCUUUUCAAUGCAUAUUUUAUUUCGGUUCAUUUUUCCAAAUUAAGUUGUAUUUGAAGUAUCAAUCUUCGGAGUUGGCUAAUGUGUUAAGUUAGGAAAGUAGAGAUGCUUAAAUAUGGGAAGGCCCGUCUCAUAUAUUACCUCAGAGUUUUUGUUUUAUUGAAUUCAAAUUGCAAUCAGGUUUUAAUUGAGCAACUAGCACUGUGCCCUCGACACAGGCGUUUACCCUUCUGUGUUGCAGUGACCCUAUUGCAUCCCUAUUACCCUAUAAUCCGAGAUGUCGAGAGAAGGGGGCUCGGGGCCAAGAGGGUGGCAAUGUCAAAAAAAGCCCAAAGGGUCAUCUAUUGAACAUUUUUAUUCUACUGAACAAAAAUUUAGAACCGACCCUUUGCCAGGCCCCCCCCCGAGAUUCCACGCUACCUCGUGACAUUAUAGCUAGGGAAGCACCCCGGUCAAGGCCUUCAAGCAUCAAUCGAUGCCCCUUCGCAGUUUCCUGUUUUCCCAAAUGCAAGCGGACGGGGGUAACUCUAUUGUAAAUUGUUUAGAACCAGUUAUUCGCAACCUCAUUUUCACAUCGAGGUAUUUAUAGAAGCAAUUUAAUUGUAAACGAGGUUGUAUUAGUAUCGCCCUUCCGUAGAAAUAAAAAGUCUUCGAAAA